AUGAAAUAUAAAAAAUUAUUUAUAUUAUUAUUAUCAGUACUAUUGUUAUCAAGUUUUAUAGAGUUUGGUAACUGUAAUAAACAAGAUUCAGAUGACCAUGGUAAAUUAGCAUUGGAAACCAAAGUACCAGAUCUUCACUCGGAUUCAAAUGUACCAGUUUCAGUGGAUGAAAGUGAUAGUGAGAGCAACAGUGGUAGUAGCAGUGUUAGUCAUGAAAAAAUUAAUGGAAGAGAUAUUAUUGAAUGUAAUAAUACAGCUGUUUCACUCAGCGUUUUUGAAUACAGAGAAACCUCAAUUGAUAUAAACCCAUAUUCUUGUGCUUUAAAAAAUCCUUUUGGUAAAAACACAAAGCUUUCCAAAGGUUCACCACUAGUUAUUGACAAAUGUGACACAGCCGAUUGCUUUGAUCACAAAUAUUCAUGCUCAGAAAUUGAAAUAAAUCAAGAUAUGGGUUAUGGUUCAUAUUCAAUUAUGAUCAAAGGUGGAAGAGUUUCAAAUACAAAAAUUUAUAUUAGUUUAGAAACAGAUUCAUCAACUAAUGGCAAAGAGUAUUCAAAUGUUUUCUUCAAGAUUUUGGGUAAUACUACAAUGGCACAUGUCGGUUUCACCCAAAAUGGUGAAAGAAAUGAAGAAACAACAGCUAAAGUACAAUUAGAUAAAGGUUUUGAAGAUACCAUGACAAACUAUACUAUUUUAUAUACUCAAUUCUCUCUUGCAUUUUUUGCAAACGGUAAGGAGCUAAAGAAUUUCCAAACUCUCUACAUGAAUGUUAGUGUUAUUACUCCACCAAUUGUUUACCGUGUUUUGUAUAGUGUUGAAAACUACAAUGGAAAAGUUAGUGCUUCCAAUUUACCAUCCACCAUUUAUGUUCAAGAUUUUGAUUAUUUACCAGGACCAUGUAUCGACGAUGAAGAAGGUGAAGUAAAUUUCAUUCCAAAACCAUACUAUGACUACUAUGUAGGAAAUUGUACAACCAAAGAUGCAAUGAUUAUUUAUAAUGGCACUAUGGAUGCUGAUUGGGAUAUUCUCGGUCCAACUACAAUUAGCCCAAAUAAUACUGAUGUUAAAAGACUCGAGUACUCAAUUUCAUGUGCAUUUAACUAUGGUAAAAACUAUCUUCGUUUCAAAGCCAAAAAACCAUUCCCAGUCGAUAGACACCGUUAUCUUACUUUUUGGGUAAAUGGUGGUAAUAAAAGUGGUCAAACUCUUUGGGUUCAUUUAGCAUUAGGUAAUUUCAAGAUCUCGACCAUCAAUUUAAAUGACUACAUCCUUGGUGGUAUUAAAAAGAAGCAAUGGUCCAAAAUUAUUAUCCCAAUGAAGAAAUUCCAAUUAAGAAAAGAAAAACCAAAUCAAUUAAUGGAUGGAUUUAUGAUUGAACCAACUCAUAAUCAAUAUAUGGAUCGUGUAUUCUUUGAUUUCGUUGCUUUUUCAAAUGGAUCAAGAUGUGUCAGUACAUUAAAUAGCCUCCCAAUUUUCAAGAAUGGUCGUAUGAACAAUAAAGAUCCAAUUGAACAAGAAAGUUUCCAAAUUAAAAACAGUAUUGGUAACGUAGAUUUCAAUGGUCAACGUUUUGGCACUGGAAAGAAUAUUACACUCGAAUAUCAAAUUCAAGUAGAUAGUAAAAUCCAAAUUAAUUUUGAAAAUGGUUCACUCGAAACUUAUGAUGCAUUAAAUUUCAAAUUCCAAUACAUCCCAGAUACAGACUAUGUUUUCAGUGGUUCAACUUUUAACAAUCAACCAAAUCCUUUAAGAUUAGAAGUAUGUCUUUUAACAAGUGAUGGUAUCGCAACUUAUACUUGUUUAGAUUUGUCAUCAUACGUUGGUGGUUUAUUCCCAACUAAUAAAUGGUUCACUUUAUCUAUUCCAUGGAUCGAUCUUUCUGCCAAUGUUAUUGAUGGUGCUAAAAUUGGCGGUAUUCUCAUUAAAUGUCCAGAUGAUAUGGAUGCAACUAUUCAUCAAGGUUCACUUGUUAUCCAAACUAUCGAAUUAGUUUACUUUAGAUUACCAGAAAAAGAAAAACUAUUGGAUUCUUUUGCUAUCAAAUCUGUACAAUUAAAUAAUUUAUUCUAUAUUACAAUUUUAUCAAUUUCAACAAUUUUCUUAUUAUUAUAA